UGGCGGGGGCGCGGGACGCACAAGGCCGCCGGCGAGCAAAGCGCCAGUCUCUCUGUUGUCCCGCGACCGGAACGACGGACCAGUCCACAAGUCAUGGCUGCUGCGGACGGGAGCAUGGUGGACGUGCCCGACGUCGUGGACAACGCCCUCCGCCACAUCGCCUCGAAGCAGGGCUUCAAGAAGCCACAGUUCAACGUGACGUCUGGGUCCAGAAAUCGUGAUGGCUUCAUGAGCACACUGUACCGCUGCGUCAUACGGGAUGAGGACUCGGCGCGACCCGCGGAGCUGAAAAUCAUGGUGAAGAUCUCCAGGGAGGGCAUGGAGACCAUGAUGUCGAAUCUUUUCGGCGUGGAGGGCCUGGUGUACGAGACUCUGAUACCCGCCCAGGAGAAGCUGGCGGGUCUGCGCGAGCCGCUGCCCUGGCCCAAGUGCUACUUUUCGGCCGUGAAGGGCUCACACCCUUACUGCCUUGCACUCGAGGACUUCGGCCCCGAGGGCUUCGUAAACGCUGACAGGAGCAAAGGCCUGGACGCAGCCCACAUGCGGCUUGCACUCGAACAGCUCGGCAAGUUCCAUGGCGCGUCCAUGGCCCUGGUGCGGUUGCGCCCCGAACUGUUCAAGACCAUCGAAGACCAGGUGCCAAACCUC